AUGGACUUUGAUCAUUUCAUCGGACUUUGUGGCCGAUCGCUCUUCGCGGAAGAGUAUCUUGGUGAUCUAGAUGCUGCCAGAGACUAUCUUCACCAGACGAAACCCGACAUAUCCGAGGUGGAUCAUGUUAUCUACGCCGAGCACCUUCGUUGUUCAGCCAUACAUUCAGUACUCAUCGGCAGACCAGCGGAUGCAUACGAGAGUCUCGAGGUAUUGAAAGGUCUUCUAGAUCAAUUACCCAAAGAAUGGGGUCUGCGAUAUGCCAACUACAAGGUUCUUACCGAUUACACCCGUCGCUACCCCCCGCUUCUACGCUUCUAUCAUGAAAAUGGAAAACCAAUCGAUAUCAGCAUGCUGGGCGACAUCAGCGGCCCGUCUGAGAUCACGGAAAGCUUCAUGAACAAUUUUCGCGCGUAUUUUGAUGGUAGUUUACCCCGCGAUCAAGCAUUGAGUCAGAUGAUGAAUGGUGUUAUCGGAUUUCCGAUUCGAGUAAGAAACUUGACAAACAUGUUUCACCCUCUCAGCCCUGUGAGCCGGGCGGUUGCUUCGAGAGAUGAGAUACUCCCUCAAGUUGUGGAGAUGGCUCAGCCUAUGCUGAAUUUUCGCGAUAUGGCUGAUUCCUACGGGGUGACCGGAAUGGGUACAUACAUGUUCCGACUGGUAGUUGAAACACACAUUACAUGCCAGAGUCCGCAGGCUGAUACACACUUGCAAGAACUAUAUCAAAGAUGCGAAAGACUUGAGGAUUACGCGGGGAUGGCUAAUGCCCAAAUGAUUGAGGCGGACAGCCUGAUAAGCCCCCCAUUUGCUAGCCCUGUCACGCUGAACUUGAUUAUUCUCGACGUCACUAGCAGUACUCAUAGUGAUACUCUCUGGGAUCCGGUCGAAUUUGACCUCGAGUAUGAAUAUGGAACCCAGGCUCAAGAACUAUAUGACUCUGCUCUGGCGCUUUUUCAAAAAGCCAACAGCAAGCGCGGGCAGGCGGCCGUUUUACUUCGACAAGGCUGUUGUCUUCAUAAUAAAGCCCGCCACGAACGACUCCAAAACAAACAAGUUCUCGAUAUACUUGCAGAGUCCGAGCUUAAAUUGCAAGAGUCUCUCAAGUUGUUUGGAAAAGAUGAAGCGAACGCUCUACUAGUCAAGGCACAUCUGAUCCUCACGGGAAUUACCAGAGGAAAUCCCGUGAACAUCAAAGCGAUCGCGAGAUCAAUUGGAGUCUGGGGUGUUGAAGCAAAGAACGAGAUAAUGGCCCACUUUAUUGGAAUGCUGCUAUCUCGAUACGCGCAUCAAGAGUGGUUCAGAUUCUCGAACAUGGACAACGCUUUGCUGGCAUGGGAGUGUGCGUACGAAGUGUUUGAGCCCCUUGGCGACAUGAUUCCCAUGUUUCAAUCCAAAGUUUGCCAAUCGCACGUACAAUACGACAUGUUCAACGCCGAUGCAGCUAAGAUCUUUAUCGAGGAGGCGCUAUCCAUGGUCGACAGACUUAGCGAGUAUAUUGAUUACAAGAUUCACUCGGCACCGGACACACAACUGGGCCAAAUAGACAGUAGCACUCUGAUGACGGGAAAGUUCAACAUGCUGUCGACAUUCAGCAGGGACGUAAACAACGUUUACAUUCGGAGUGAGGAUCUCGAGAAAUUCCACGAGUGGAACGCCAAACUGGAAUAUUGGAUCGAACACGAUGAGGGUUUCAUUGCGUUUCGUGAAAAAGUGGAGAACGAAGAGGUUAUGCAAUUGAAUGAUCCCACUCUUGCCUUUCCUCAAAACAAGGUGAAGGGGUUGUGGCGGAGAACGUUGGCCGAUGAUGCAGCUACAGUGAGAUAUGCUUCUGCGGAUAUCGCCUUCCGCCGACUAAUGGAGGAAGGCGAUAUUCUGAAAGCAGAGGAAAGCGUUCGCCGAUUCGUCAAUGAAGCCAUGGACCUAGAAAAGGCGUACUGCAGAGACAUGUAUCGCAUCCUCGCAUGUGAGCGAAUCGGUGAUUACGCCAAAUCUCGAGAGAUUUUUGACUCCCUCGAUGAUAACGACGUCUUCAACGAUAACCUCGCGGAAUUUCAACAAGGGAUUGGUGUUCGAACUAUGUUCUCCUCGACUGCUGAGAACUCGUUGACUUUUGCUGUAUUCGCGGGAGACAUGGAACGAGCUCGCCGGAUGAUUGAUAUUAUCAUCGGGAUCUGGCCUUCCUUUUUUGAGAAGCCGACCGAAAAUGCACUUGAUUUUGCUCAACGGAUCAGUUACUAUGCACAUAUCAUGAAAAAUGAAAAACCUGAACUCUGCUUUGCCAAGCUCCUCGAAGCUCGUCAGAUUGUCGAGACUCGUCGAAUUCAGACGAAGGACCUGGACGCUAGGAUUGGCAGUUCCAGCCAGGGGUGGACUGCAGAGGUGUUCAUGAACCUCGCACGUCUUUGUCUGCGAUGGGAGAACUCUGGUGUCCCAGUGAGUUUCAUAUCAAAAUAUGAACAUGGGCAUUUUGACGACAUAUCAUGGUCUGAGCAUGCUCUACUGUUUAUCGAGAUGAGUAGAGCACGGGCGGUGCUGGAGUCACUACAAUCCCAAGCCCACCGAGUCCCUGGAAUGACCGGAGCUCCGGAUACAGCACCUCUAUCAGAGGCAGUUCACAAAAGACGACUCUUAAGGUCACUGCUUGCUUUGAAGAAAUUGAGCCCGGAGCAGGAACAAGAGGUUUCGCAGCUGCGGAAAGAUAUCGACCAAUUAGAAAAAGACGGAAACAUCUCUAAUGCAACGACUUUCAUCGAAACCGUCAAUUCUACUAUUGAACCGAAGCUGUUAUAUCGAAGCAUUGAUGAAAAUGCUGUGGUGAUAGAGGCAACUGCCACUCCCCGUGGAUUCAUGUCAUUCGCAGUGACCCGUGACGGUAUUCAAAAGAUACAUCAAGGAACGAUGAGUGUGGCUGAUAUUCGGAGGCCAGUUAUGCAGGCCAUGCAUAUCAUGCGAAAUAUGACUGGAUACCUCGGAGGAGAAGAGGAAGAACGCAAAAAGGAGCUCAACGACCUGUCCCAAAAAAUCUCCGAAGUACUACUGGCACCAUUCACGGAAAUCAUCCGAACCAAGUCUCAUGUCAUUUUUUCGAUUUCUGAUCCGAUGACCGCGUUCCCGUUUGGAAUUCUUUUGUUUGAUGGAAAACCACUUGUCAUGCACGCAGCGGUCUCACAAGUCCCAAGCCUGACUGUACUCCAUCAUCUGUCACAGAGAAAGUCCGCAUCAAAAACACCGACUGUAUCCGUCCUUGCCAAAUCACCCAGUGAGGAACCAUCAGAGAACGCAGCCCGGGCUGGUAAAGAGCCGAGUCUGCACAUGGCAGGAAUUGAAGCUGUCAAUAUCGCCCGCAUGUUUGCAACAUGGCCGAUCGAGGCGUCUAAUAUGACUCGAGAAGACUUCCGAGAGUACGUCGAAGGUGGCUCCUUGAUCAUGCACAUCGGAACUCACGGGGAUGUCAACUACCGCAAUCCACUCCUUUCGUCAAUUUCAAUUGGUGACGGUCAAGAAUUCCGAGUCAUCGACAUGUCCGCCAUCCGCAGCAGUGUCCACCUCCUCGUCUUUGCGGCCUGUCUUAGUGGUCUCGGAAAAGCGACCUUUAGCAGUGAAGUCCUGGGAUUCUCCCACGUUGUCUUGAGCACUGGCUGCCAGGCUUACAUCGGAUCUCUUUGGAAAGUCAGCGAUUUCGGUUCCAUGUUGAUUAUGACGCUGUUCUAUCGGCAUUUGCGAAGUAUGCCACACAUUCCUGUGGCGGAGCUUAUGCGAAAGGCCCAAAUGGACCUCUUGCAGCUUGAUGGUGAGAAAGCUGGUAUACUUUUGGAUGGGAUGUUGGAGAAUUGGACUUCUACGGGAGUGGAGGGUCGUAGACCGGCAGAAUUUGUGCCUGAUGCAGAAUUUCUGUUCUUCUUGUUGAAGAUGACCAUUGAUCAGUUGGACUGGUCGAGUCCUUUCUACUGGGCGCCGUUUACACUGGUCGGAUAUGGAGGUUUCCGGAGACUUUCUCCUGUUCUGCCGAUCUCGAUCUCGAUCUCUCUGCUCCUCUCCUUCUCCCUCAAACUCUCCGCACGCUCCCUUUCCCUGCUCUUUUCCCUCUUCUCUCUUCCCUUCGGGGAUUCCGUUCGUUUUCUCCUCAAAACGGCGUCCUUUGCGAUCCCUCAUCCUCGAUCGAGGGAAGUCGAUUUUAAUUCCUCUCGCUUUCCCCCACCCAGUCCCAAUACCCGAACUUCCUUUGGAUCUCGUGGAGCCAACGGCCGCGCCCCCGUGGAGGCGACUCCGUCCUUCACUCGCGCACAGCGACGACAGUGUGUUCCCAUCUCGGGUCCGUCGUCGUUCCCUGCCAUUCUUCGUCCUCCGGCCGUUCGCCUCGCCAACCCCGUCAAUCACGUCCCUCGCAUCACUCCUAUCACCGUCCCGCCCCAUCGCUCCGACGAGAGCCUCCCCCUCGGCCUUCAACGCGACGCAUACCCUCUGCUCACCGUCCCCGAGCGCCGCCGCAGUCGCCUUACCCCGUCUCCUACCUCUCCGACUAGUCUAAUCGUCGAACGCAGUCAGGGAGAGACUGAAAGCGGGCGUACGAGCAUCGCAUUACCCCCGCGACACCGGCGCAGCGUGCAAUUAUCUCCGACAGAAAUGGCGGCAGCAUUUGCUGGGAGCGCGGCCAGGGAUGUCGAAAACCUACGGCCGCCCGAAGAAGUCCAUCUUGCCCACGAUGGCACUCGCCAUGGCGGACCGCGCCAUGCUCAGUCCCAAACCUCUCUCCGAUCUCAAUCCCAGAUCGCAUCUGUCCCCUCAAACAUGGGUCAAGCCCCUCCUGACGUUGCCGACGAACUGGCCUGGGGCCCCGCGCACCCCUGUUUCCCUCACUUUAACCCGCACGUCCCUAUCGGCUCGCAAGAGUAUCUCACAACGCGAGUCAUUCGCAUUCGCCGUGACUGGAUGAUCAAGGGCGAUUUGGCGCCGACCUUCUCCAACCUGUAUCCCGAAAUUCUGGAUCCAUUACUCUCGGAGCAAGAAUUCCGGAAAGUCAUCGCCACCGUCAACGACGGCCUUGUCAAGGCUUUUGAUCCGUUCAGCUUGCGGAACUGGUUAGACGGAGCAAUUGGGCUCCUAACCGGUUGGAUCUGGGACGACAUGAAUGCUACGGGAAUCAAGGGCCAACUGCAACAGGUGGAGUUCUGGCUAGAGAACUGGAACCGUGAAGUCGGUGCCAAGGAUGGUGUACACAUCUGGAGUCUGCGCCGUACCGCGUACAUGUCUCUUGAUAUUCAGAUCCCAGACCCCAAAGUCGGCAUUGUGCCGAGUGAAGGUCCUUCCAUGCCGAAUACCAGGCCUAGUACUGGUGUCGGGCCUGGAAAUUGA